AUGCUUCAAAGUCUUGUUUAAAAGGUUUGGAUUCCCAUGAGGCCAGUUUGCGAGGAGAUUUGGGUAGGAAUGGGGUUGACGGGCUUUGUUGUUUUUAAAAUCAGGACUGCUGAUAAAAGAAGUAAAGCUUUGAAAGCUUUGAGUCAUGCACCUGCUCUAGGUCGUCAUUAACCAGCUUUACCUGGAGCGCGCAUCGGGCGGUCGGACCGUCAGCCUGGCUGUCAAUUUCCGCAAGCUCUGUGAGAUGGGAAUGGGCAUUGCGGUGCACUUGUAGAAGGUGGCAUGAAUACAUGCACCUGGGGGAGGCACCACUGCCUGUGCCCAUGUUCCUCUGUCAGCGCCCCCCGUGUGCCUGUCCUACUGUGAAUAGAUCUUUGUGACAUAGCAGGUACAGUCAGAAUCUCACCGAGCCAUCUCCUCAUUGGAAAACCUAAGGAACUGAAGAAUGAAUAUCUCGAUUACCAUAGAUGUUGGGGAUCAGAGCUAGGCAGCCACACUUCUGACAUUCAAUCGAUAUCUGUUAAACAGGGGGAAAAAAGAUUAGAAGAGCCACAUGGUUAAUAUUCUUGGAAGGUUUCUACGCAUGUGAAGUGUGGUUAUGUCACAGACAAGCUUCUCCUCAUCGUCUUAAGGGAAACACCAAACUUCUUCAGGACAGCUGAGUCACUCCACGAGGAGCAGUAUCCAAGACUUUCAUCUGCCAAAACAAUCCAACUAUCAAAAUGCAUCCACCAAUUU